CCGUUAGUUGUUGAGCUGUAAGAUUUCUUCGCGGAGACAUCAUCAAACCCAUUAGGAACAAUGACGGAUAGAGGCUCCCAAGAAAUACGGACGUCACCAGUAAAAUGAUCAUAAGAUCACAAUUUCCGGGUGACAACAGACUGCUGCAUAAUAACAGGGCGCAUGGUGGCUUAGUGGUUAGCACGUUCGUCUCACGCCUCCAGGGUCGGGGGUUCGAUUCCCACCGUGGCCCUGUGUGUGCGGAGUUUGCAUGUCCGUGCUGCGGGGGUUUCCUCCGGGUACUCCGGUUUCCUCCCCCAGUCCAAAGACAUGCAUGGUAGGCUGAUUGGCGUGUCCAAAGUGUCCGUAGUGUACGAAUGGGUGUGUGAGUGUGUAUGUGAUUGUGCAUUGUGAUGGAUUGGCACCCUGUCCAGGGUGUACCCCGCCUUGUGCCCCAUGCUCCCUGGGAUAGGCUCCAGGUUCCCCGUGACCCUGAAAAGGAGUAAGUGGUAUAGAAGAUGGAUGGAUACUCAGUAACACUCUGUCCUGGUCAGGGCGUGAGUGCGUGUCUAUCCAUGUUGGUCAGGCUGGUGUCCAGAUUGGCAAUGCGUGCUGGGAACUCUACUGUCUUGAACACGGCAUCCAGCCGGACGGACAGAUGCCCAGCGACAAGACCAUCGGAGGUGGAGAUGAUUCCUUCAACACCUUCUUUAGUGAGACUGGGGCUGGAAAGCAUGUCCCCAGGGCUGUUUUUGUGGAUCUGGAGCCCACGGUCAUAGAUGAGGUCCGCACUGGAACAUACCGCCAGCUGUUCCACCCUGAGCAGCUCAUCACAGGAAAAGAGGAUGCUGCCAAUAACUACGCUCGCGGUCACUACACCAUUGGCAAGGAAAUUAUCGAUCUGGUGUUGGACAGGAUCCGCAAACUGGCUGACCAGUGCACAGGUCUCCAGGGUUUCCUGGUGUUCCACAGCUACGGAGGUGGAACCGGUUCUGGUUUCACCUCCCUGCUGAUGGAACGCCUGUCUCUUGACUACGGUAAGAAGUCCAAGCUGGAGUUCUCCAUCUAUCCAGCUCCCCAGGUGUCUACUGCUGUGGUGGAGCCCUACAACUCCAUCCUGACCACCCACAGCACCCUAGAGCACUCCGACUGUGCUUUCAUGGUGGACAACGAAGCCAUCUAUGACAUUUGCCGUAGAAACCUCGAUAUCGAGCGCCCUACAUACACUAACCUGAAUAGGCUGAUUGGUCAGAUCGUGUCCUCCAUCACGGCCUCUCUCCGUUUCGAUGGCGCCCUCAAUGUCGACCUUACUGAAUUCCAGACCAACUUGGUGCCCUACCCUCGUAUUCAUUUCCCACUAGCCACCUAUGCUCCAGUGAUCUCCGCAGAGAAAGCUUACCAUGAGCAGCUCUCUGUGGCUGAAAUCACAAAUGCCUGCUUUGAGCCGGCCAAUCAGAUGGUGAAAUGUGACCCACGUCACGGCAAGUACAUGGCCUGCUGCCUGCUGUACCGUGGUGAUGUGGUGCCUAAAGAUGUGAAUGCUGCUAUCGCCACCAUCAAGACCAAGCGCACCAUUCAGUUUGUGGACUGGUGUCCCACUGGGUUCAAGGUGGGCAUCAACUACCAGCCUCCCACUGUGGUUCCAGGGGGAGACCUGGCCAAGGUGCAGAGGGCCGUGUGCAUGCUGAGCAACACCACAGCUGUCGCUGAGGCCUGGGCUCGUCUCGAUCACAAGUUCGAUCUGAUGUACGCCAAGCGCGCCUUUGUGCACUGGUAUGUUGGUGAGGGUAUGGAAGAGGGCGAGUUCUCUGAGGCCAGAGAGGACAUGGCUGCCCUGGAGAAGGAUUAUGAAGAAGUUGGUGUUGACUCCAUUGAUGGUGAAGGAGAGGAAGAGGGAGAGGAGUAUUAAAAUACUGGAAGGAAGUUAUUGUCUGGUGUAAGAUGAAAUGAACCUUUUACAACAAACAAAAUAACACUGUAUGCAAAAACGUAAAGAAAUAAAGCUCCUUCCAAGUUCCCACA